GUCCUGACUUGAGCUCCAAACAGAGUCCCACUCCUAGUCCCCAUCUACCAAUCUCUCUGGCUUCUCCUCCGCUUCAGAGGGCUUGCUGGGGAAGACAGCUUCUCCAAACACACCUAGAACGAAGGGAAGCCCUCAACACCCCCUAAGUCUUCAGUGGCUGCUUAUUGGACCACUUGUUUUGAACUUGGUCACCACUACUUGUAUGUUUGGAGCUUUGACUCUGGUCCAAGGCAGCCAGGAUUUUUUUUUUUUAAAUAUAGGUUUAAGUCCAGUUUGAUUCAAGAAAACAACUCAUAAAACUGGUUUUCAGGUUUCUGGCCAGAUUCUGCUGGUCGUUACACAGCCCAAAAGGAGCAGCCCCACACAGAUAAUUUUCUUGUAAAGGAGAGGUUUGAAAUUUGAAACAAGACUUAAGAGGCGGCCCAUGGCGUCAGGAAGUGCCGUGUUGGAGUGCUGCGAGGAAGCGACUUGGUCCAUCUGCCUGGAGUACUUCAAGGAUCCAGUGACCAUCAACUGCGGACACAACUUCUGCCAGGCCUGCCUCACCCUCUUCCUGCCCUCAGUGCAGGGAAACCGUUCAGCAGAGGAACUUCCGGCCAAAUCGACAGCUAGCAAAUCUUGUGGAGCUGGUCAAGAAACUUCAGGAAGGGAGGAAGGAAGAUGGCAAGAGGGGAAUGUGUCCGAGGCAUCAGGAACCCCUGAAACUCUUCUGCAAUGAUGACCAAGACCCCACCUGUAUGGUGUGUGACAGAUCCAAGGAACACAGAGAACAUAGUGUGUUCCCCAUGGAAGAGGCUUCCCAAGAAUAUAAGGUAGAAAAACACCACCGUGGACUGACGCCAACCUUGUUUUAAUUUUGGUGCCAGGAAAAUGCAUUUUUGUUUUCCUGGGUGUUUGGGAAGCACAAAUACUCGUAAUCUUAAAUUACACUAUUAGACCUGUUUUUCUAACAGUGUAGUAUAAUACAGUGGUACCUCGGGUUACAUACGCUUCAGGUUACAUACGCUUCAGGUUACAGACUCCGCUAACCCAGAAAUAGUACUUCAGGUUAAGAACUUUGCUUCAGGAUGAGAACAGAAAUUGUGCUCCGGUGGCACGGCAGCAGCAGGAGGCCCCAUUAGCUAAAGUGGUGCUUCAGGUUAAGAACAGUUUCAGGUUAAGUACAGACCUCCGGAACGAAUUAAGUACUUAACCCGAGGUACCACUGUAUUAUUGCUACUGCCCAAACCACUUUAUUAUGGUGUGUAUCUGAAGAAGUGUGCAUGCACACGAAAGCUCAUACCAAUAAUAAUAAUAAUAAUAAUAAUAAUAAUAAUAAUAAUAAUAAUAAUAAUAUAUUAUUUAUACCCCGCCCAUCUGGCUGGGUUUCCCCAGCCACUCUGGGCAGCUUCCAACAGAACACUAAAAUACAAUAACCUAUUAAACAUUAAAAGCUUCCCUAAACAGGGCUGCCUUCAGAUGUUUUCUAAAAGUCAGACAGUUGUUUAUUUCCUUGACAUCUGAUGGGAGGGCAUUACACAGGGCGGACGCCACUGCCGAGAAGGCCCUCUGCCUUGUUCCCUUUACCUUCACUUCUCGCAGUGAGGGAACCACCAGAAGGCCCUCGGAGCUGGACCUCAGCGUCCGGGCAGAACGAUGGCGGUGGAGACACUCCUUCAGGUAUACAGGACUGAGGCUGUUUAGGGCUUUAAAGGUCAGCACCAACACUUUGAAUUGUGUGCAGAGCAAGCUGUCACCAAGUCAAGAGCGAUCAAGGAGGCAGUCACACAUUCUCCCUUUUGCAAACUGCUGGAAACCUUGAAAACAGAAACUUCCUCCGACCCUUACCAAAAUCAGAGCAGAAUUUCUAAGGGAAUCCCUGAGCCACGAGGUAGGCUGAACUCCCCAGAAUAAAAGCCGUCUCUGCUCUUGCAGGAGAGAAUUGAGGCCCAGCUGAAGUCUCUGCAGAAAGAGAGAGACAAGCUUGUGGACUGGAAAGUGAUAGAAGAACAGGGAAGUCAAAAGUGCCUGGUAAGCAUCUCUUCUCGCUCGGAGAGGGUGCCACUGGGCGCUGGCUGCUAGAUCCCUCAGGCCACAUUCUUCCUUCCCACCCCGUCUGUGUGUGUGUGUGUGUGUGUGUGUGUGUGUGUGUGUGUGUGUGUUUCCCCCCAGAUGCAGCUGGAAGAGGAGAAGCAGAAGAUCAGAUUGGAAGUGUUUCUGGCUGGCCCUGCUGGAUGACCUGGAAAAGAAGAUUAAGUAGAGGCAGGAAGCAAACGUCACCAGGCUCUCCGAUGAGAUCUCCAGCAUCAGCGGGAUGAUUGCAGAGAUGGAGAGGAAAUGCCAACAGCCAGCAAGGGAAUUUCUGCAGGUGAGACUCAUAGUGGUGAGGAGGAAUGGAAGUUCCCCCAGAAUGUCUGCUUUAUAUACAUUAUUUACACAGUGGGCCCCACGUGAUUGGCUAAUUCCGGAAUUCUCCUGUAGGCCAAUCAGGUUGCGGAUUCACUUCCACCUGGAGCUGGAUUGGGUGGCUCCUGUGGACCAAUCAGACUGCUGCAUUCUGGAUCCUAUUGUUCUAGGACCAAUCAGACUGCUGCAUUCUGAAUCCUGUUGUUCUAGGACCAAUCAGACUGCUGCAUUCUGAAUCCUGUUGUUCUAGGACCAAUCAGACUGCUGCAUUUUGGAUCCUAUUCAACUCAGUACACAACAGACCCCACUCCUAGCUCCUUGUGUGAUUACUCAUCUUGGAAUAGAUCUUAUGAAUAUUUCCAUAGGCAUCUGUGAAAACAGGAGGGUGGAUUAGAUAGGCCAUUGGCUUCAUCCAGCAGAGCUUCUCUUAAGUUAAAAAUGGGGGGGGGGGGAAUAAGGGUGAUAUAUUUUUGGAUAAUAUGUUUUGUUUUAAUUUUGAAUAAAAAAUAUUAAAAAGAAAGAAAGAAGCUGGUUGCUGCUUCUGUUGCUAAUACAGUGGUACCUCGGGUUACAUACGCUUCAGGUUACAUACGCUUCAGGUUACAGACUCCGUUAACCCAGAAAUAGUGCUUCAGGUUAAGAACUUUGCUUCAGGAUGAGAAGAGGAAUCGUGCUCCGGCGGCGCAUCGGCAGCAGGAGGCCCCAUUGGCUAAAGUGGUGCUUCAGGUUAAGAACAGUUUCAGGUAAAGAACGGACCUCCAGAACGAAUUAAGUACUUAACCUGAGGUACCACUGUAGGUAUUUCCUUGGAACGCCCCCUGUGGGAGAGGAAAUUAGUUGAAGAAGAAAACACUUUGUCGAAAAGUGGGCAGGAAAUGAAGGAUGUGACAAGAGACUGGAAGCAAGUUCAGGCCAUCAAAAGUAAUGAGGAGAAAUUCCCCAUGUGUGAAAUCAGAACAGCUCCGAUUUCUUUUAUCUCUGAAGAACUUAAGGAAAGAUGCAGAUGAUAGGCCUUCCUCCCUGGAAAGAUGUUCUCUCUGCAUCUAUAGAAGCAUAUAAUGAUCAUUAAGCUUACUGUUAAUGACCGAAAGCCAUCCAAUAUAAAGUCUCUAGUCUGGAAACCUUUUCCCUCCGGUCUGUGUGUACGUGUAAAAAUAUAUAUAUCCCAUCAAGCAGCACAGAAAGUGAGGAUUAUCUGGUAGUGGGUUUCAGGCAGGGAUUCCUUGCAAGCCUUACCUGGUGAUACCGGGAACUGAAUUAAGGAACUUCUCUGUGUAAAGUAUGCAAAAUUAUUCCUCUGAACUGCAGUCUCUCCCUGUAUGGCUUCUCCUGGGGCAUUUUGAUCACUGGCAGUUUAUUUAUCCACUCAAUACAUGCCUUUUUCUUUACAAUUAAAUUUCUAGCCCACCUUUCUUCCCAAAGGAGUAUGACACACACACUCACACACCAAUGUCUUUUGUUAAAAGUUUCCAGGCUUGCUUACUAUUAUGGGCUGUAUACUUAAGAGCCCGUGUUGGCAUUCAGCUGUUAACAGAAUUUUAUGGAAUUCUGGGUGAUGUGGGAAAACUGGACAGAGACACAAAAUAGACUGUAUAAAUGCUGUAACUUCAAUCGUCCAGUGAUGCCAUAUAGGGGACAAUUCAGAAGAGAGAAGUGGGAUUCUCAUAGUUGUGGCAACGGGCAGUGGCUUAGAUGGGUUUUUCUUCUUCAAAAGUCAAUCAGUCCAAUCCAUGGAGCAAUCUAUCAAUGAUCCUAGGCAUAAUGGCUUUAUGCCAUCUGCAGGAUGAGAGGCCUGAUGCAGAAUAACUGGCCAUCAGCCACUGUGAAACAGGAUACAGUGGUACCUUGGUUCUCAAACGCCUUGGUUCCCAAACGCCAAAAGCCCGGAAGUAAGUAUUCCGGUUUUAAAACGUUUUUCAGAAGCCGAAUGCCCAAUGUGGCUGUCGGCUAUUGUUUCCGGGGCGCCUGCACCAAUCAGAAGCUGCACCUUGGUUUUCAAACAUUUUGGAAGUCAAACAGACUUCUGGAACUGAUUAAGUUUGGCGCUCUUUUUUUUGCUAUUUAUUUUGAGUUUUUGCUUUUGAGGCUUUUUCAGUUAAUUUGUUUGUAUGACUGCAGAAAUGGAUAAAACAAAACAAUGACGAUCAUCAAUGCAGGUCAGAAAAAAUAAUAAUUCUAAUUUUUAUUAUCUACUAUACUAUCUUAUUUAUUUUAUAGUUCAGUACAUUGAUUAUUGCUUUCAUUUUAUGGCUCAAUGGUCUCAUUAGAUAGUAAAAUUUAUAUUAAAUUGCUGUUUUAGGGGUAGUUUUUGAAAGUCUGGAAUGGAUUAAUCCAUAACUUUCUGUAGGAAAGCGCGCCUUGGUUUUGGAACGCUUUGGUUUUGGAACAGACUUCCAGAACGGGUUAAGUUUGAGAACCAAGGUAACACUGAACUGGAUUAGAUAGGCCUUUAAACUAUUUUUUUUAUAUACAUGGAGGGCUCUUUCCAUGCCCAUGGGUCUCACGGAGGAGCUGCUACUUCCAGCCCAGUGUAAAAUGCCUCUCUCUGCCGCCAACUCACACAUAAAGUCACUUGACCAUCCCACUCUUUCUGCACUCUGGGUUUCAAGAUCGCUGAGAGGCGGAAAAACUAUUAGAUAAAGCAAACUUUAUUAAGAGAGACCCUGUCUUGGCCCCAACACAAGAGGAGCAGCCGUCUUCGGCAGAAGCAGCAACAGCAGGCUUUUCACUCCCAAGAAAUCUCCAUGUCCAAACCCUCACUCCUGACUCUCCUGAGGAAGUCGUCAUAGUCUGCCCUGAAGAUGCGUGAGCAAGCCGGCACAUCGAGGAAGCUCAGCUGGUUUUCCGAGGAUAACAGCAGGUGGAUGGUGCUUCCGGACACCCUCGUUUCCAUCAAGGAGAGCUUCUGGAGGCGAGUCAGGGCUGUGGCCGGCGGCUCCAGCACCUGCUCAAACACGCUGUCCAGGGAGAAAGGCAGGCAAGCCAGCAGCAAGCUUUCCAGUUGGGGCGAAUGUCUGAGCAGGGACACAAGGCAUGCUCUAAACACGGCUUUGUGCUGGGAAGGAAGGGGGCCUUCUGAGUCAGGGUACAUCAGGAAAAUGUGCCGGAGGUGGGGGAAUUGAUGAGGUGCGGGGCUGAAAUUUUCCUCCAAGUCUUCGACCAUUUCCUCCUCCUCGUCGUCGUCGUCGUCAGGGGCACACACUGCUGGAGGAGGGAGGUUAGCCACCAAUUUACGGAGGUUCAGGCAGUGGCCCAGGAAGGUCCAGAAGGAAGAAGCAUCUUCGCAGAGAAAGCCGCUCAAUGAAAGGGAGUGCAGCUGUGCUCCGAGGGCGGCCGCCAUCGGCAGAAGAUCAGCAACAUCGCACUGGCUGUCGUUGUCAAGGGUCAGGCAGGAGAUGUGGCGCCACGAUGCAAAGUCCUGGCCAAAGCCAGGGCUGCCUUCGAGAAUCAGAGUCACGUCGGCCAAGUGCGGGCACACGGCUAAAGCGGCGGGCAGGCAGCUCAAUGCCACAUCGUCCAAUUCCGUGAGGGUCAGCGUGAGCCCGUGGCCGCUAUGGGCGGACAUCCUGCGUCUCGCCAGCUCCUCCAGGGAGGGGAACUCGGGGGCGACCGGGAUGUCGUCGAACUGCCGCCUGUAGAUCGCGCACACGGCCUCCAGAACAAAAGGGUGGUCCAAGACCGUCAGGCUGCGCAAGGCCAACAGCAGAAAGACCAAGUGCUGAACCAUGCAUUGGAGGAGAGGUCUACCCAUCAGGUAUCUGGCUCUGAGCACCUUCAAGGCCGGGGAGCGGAGCAAGCCCGUGGCGGGGUCGUAGGCCAGGUGGAGGAGGCACUCUGGAGACAGCCUGCUGCAAUCGACGACGUCCAGUUCGAGAAGCUGCCGGCAGUGGGAGCCCACGGCAGCAAGCACCCGGGCGUUGCACUGGGUGUCCGACAGGUUAAGUUGGAUGAGGCUCGGCAAAGCUUUCACCAGGUCGACGAGGGAGUCUGCGGGGAUCCGGCAGCAGCCUCUGAUAUCCAGGGAAGACAGGUUCUGCCGUGUCAGGGAAAGAGAAAGGGAAAGGUUUGUUUUUGCUCACGUACAACGGCGUUUGCCGACCUCCAGAUUCACCAGGCUACAAAUCCCAUCAGCCGCAGCCAGCGCAGAAGGCGUACGGGGCAGCACCAAGUUGGCAGAAGUCAUUGUAAAUACAGUGGUACCUCAGGUUACAUACGCUUCAGGUUACAGACUCCGCUAACCCAGAAAUAUUACCUCAGGUUAAGUACCGUAUUUUUCGCUCUAUGAGACGCACCAGACCACAAGACGCACCUAGGUUUUGGAGGAGGAAAACAAGAAGAAAAGAAAUUCUGAAUCUCAGAAGCCAGAACAGCAAGAGCAGUGAAAGCAGCAAUCCCUCUUGCUGUUCUGGCUUCUGGGAUAGCUGCGCAGCCUGCAUUCGCUCCAUAAGACGCACACACAUUUCCCCUUACUUUUUAGGAGGGAAAAAGUGAGUCUUAUAGAGCAAAAAAUACGGUACUUUGCUUCAGGAUGAGAACAGAAAUUGUGUUCCGGCCAGCGUGGCAGCAGCGUGAGGCUCCAUUAGCUAAAGUGGUACCUCAGGUUAAGAACAGUUUCAGGUUAAGUACGGACCUCCGGAACGAAUUAAGUACUUAACCUGAGGUACCACUGUAAAUGGCAGGCUGUGUAUUAAUGUGUUGGGUUCCAUGGAGCCUGUGUGUGUGUGUGUGUGUGUGUGUGUGUGUCCCCCUUAAUGUCUGCCCUACAGGAACACCUACCAAAACAUGGCACCCUUUGCCUGUUGUCAUAUGUUGCACAAAAUGCACAGAAGGCAGAAAUUGCUGGUCCAGCGUUCCACUGCUAAUGGUCUCUCUCUGCUAACAAAGCAUCGUACUAAGAGCACAGUGGCCCAUAGUACCAAUGCAGUAAGUAAGAAACACAUACAAGAAACCUCGCCGAUUUAUUGUCGAAUUAGCUUUUGCGGACAGGAAAACAAAGGGCGUCGACUUGAGCACAACUCUCUAUGCAUCUACACUAGCCCACGAAAUGUGCCACCAUCAGUUCCGUCUGGGGGUUAGGGCCUUAGGGCCACAUUCCUCCCUGGGCAAUCUUUCCAGGGCCGGAUGUCAGUGGUGGUUGUGGCGAGAGGCAAAACUGCCAAGCACAACGCAUGCGAAAGUUGCAUGCUCUCUGCAGGACUGGAAUGUUUUGCUGCUGGAGGCAAAAAAUAAAGUAAAAAACCCACAGCUGCUAGCUGCUAUCACUGUACAGUGGUACUUCUGGAUGCGAACGGGCUCCUGAGUAGAACGCAACCCGCAACUGUGCAUUGCAAUUCGCCGCUUCUGCGCAUGACGUCAUUUUGAGCGUCUGCGCAUGCGCGAGCGGCGAAACCCGGAAGUAACGCGUUCCGUUACUUCUGGGUCGCCGCGGAGCGUAACCUGAAAACGCUCAACCUGAAGAAUAUUUAACCUGAGGUAUGACUGUUCUUCGUCACUGCUGCCAUGCUCCAGCCUUCCUCCGUGAGCACAUUAUGCCGUGCCCCCUACUGCUACCACAGAGGGAAAGGGCUUAGCAGGGGGGGCAGCGGUGGGAGGCGGGGCACAGCCACGGGAGAGGCUGAACCACACUAUUUUCCCUCUGCACUUUCUAGACACAGGUACACACUUUUCCAGACCGUGUCAAAGCACUCCUUGCUGCCGCCGCCCUCCCUGUGAAAACACACACUUCAAUGCUUUCUCCAAUCAAUGGAGAACCCAAAUUGCCAUUUGUUCCGAUUCAACGUUACAGAGCGGGGUUUCCCCGGGGAAAGCAAUUGGAGGUGUUUGGACACGCAAGACCUUUCCCAGAAUGCGUGGAGCGAAAGUUAAGUGUGGGAG